CCACUCCCUGAAUGCUGGCUGAAAAAGCAGAAUCUGAUUUUUUCUGUCGAUUAAAAGUGGAAAUAUCCACAAUAUGGAGUCGUAUGAUGUGAUUGCUAACCAGCCGGUUGUAAUUGAUAAUGGUUCUGGUGUUAUCAAAGCUGGCUUUGCUGGUGACCAAGUUCCCAAGUAUCACUUCCCAAAUUUUAUUGGAAGGCCGAAACAUGUGCGCGUCAUGGCUGGUGCUCUUGAGGGAGACCUGUUCCUUGGACCCAAGGCAGAGGAGCACCGGGGCCUGCUGAGUAUCCGUUACCCAAUGGAACAUGGCAUUGUAAAGGACUGGAAUGAUAUGGAGAGGAUCUGGCAGUACAUUUACUCCAAGGAUCAGCUGCAGACAUUCUCGGAAGAACAUCCAGUGCUACUGACAGAAGCUCCAUUGAACCCACGGCGGAAUAGAGAGAAAGCUGGAGAGAUUUUCUUUGAGACGUUCAACGUACCAGCACUUUUCAUCUCCAUGCAAGCUGUACUUAGUUUAUAUGCUACUGGCCGAACUACAGGUGUGGUUUUAGACUCUGGAGAUGGCGUGACUCAUGCUGUGCCGAUAUAUGAAGGAUUUGCUAUGCCACACAGUAUCAUGCGGGUGGAUCUUGCAGGCCGAGAUGUGACGCGAUACCUUCAACUGCUCCUUAGGAAAGAAGGACAUAACUUCCAUACUUCGGCAGAGUUAGAAAUAGUCAGAACAAUAAAAGAGAGGGCAUGUUACUUAUCUAUAAAUCCACAAAAGGAAGAGACCUUAGAAACAGAGAAAUCUCAUUACCCACUUCCAGAUGGUAGCAUUUUAGAGGUUGGACCUGCCAAAUUCCGUGCUCCUGAACUGUUAUUCAGACCAGACCUUAUUGGUGAAGAAUUUGAAGGUCUCCAUGAAGUUCUAAUUUAUGCCAUACAGAAAUCAGAUAUGGAUCUUAGGAAAACGCUCUAUUCUAACAUUGUUUUAUCAGGAGGGUCAACGCUUUUCAAAGGAUUUGGUGACAGAUUGCUUAGUGAAGUCAAGAAAUUGGCACCAAAGGAUAUAAAAAUCAGGAUAUCAGCACCUCAAGAAAGAUUAUAUUCUACAUGGAUAGGUGGAUCUAUCUUAGCAUCAUUAGAUACAUUCAAGAAGAUGUGGGUCUCAAAGCGGGAAUAUGAUGAAGAGGGUCCGCGGGCGGUCCACAGGAAAACGUUCUGAGGAUGAUUGGGUCAACGAAGUAUCACCAUGGCGAUUACUAUUAUGGGAUGUUAAGCAGAGACAGCAUUUCUUUUUCCCUGGACUGUGCAGGGAUGGGAGGGGAUCUAGUGCUAUCUUAGUGUGCCUAUGUGGGUUAUUCCAGUCAAACUUGAACUCUGGGCUACUGAUAACAUGAUCAGGGUAGUUUGCCCAGCUUCUGUACAUUCUAUGCACAUGGUCUACAUGUACUUUGUAGUGUUCCUUAGAGACAUUAGAGUGUGUGUAGAGAAUACCUCUCCAUGCUAGUUUCCUACUGGUACUGCCCUCCAACAUCAAUGCCUUCUGUCCUCGGUUGACCCACUUGGCUAUUCUGUAUCUUACAUCUAGACAGGCACUCACAUAGUUGGUGAGUUGGCUUAAUGUUAGAAGCUGGCAGUGCAUUUGCAUGUGUACCAGAAUGUACAGGAGCUGUGGGGUUAUGUUCUGGGAUCAUUACUAGUAGAUGGGACAUUGGGAGGACGUUUCAACUUGGACCUUUGUUUCAUGGAGUUGGUCUGCUGCACGCUUGGCAGUUGCUAAGAAAUUUAUUUAUUGUUCAAUAAAUUGAGCUGGCAAACUUGUGCGCUAUUGAUAGCCUAGGCCAGCUAAUAUAUUGAAUGCUAGCAUGUUAUGUAUAUAUGUUUUACUAAUACAUGUAAUGAAACAUUUUCUGAAAAUGAAAAUGAGUCAAUGACAAUACAUGUAGUCUGUUUUGCUUAUCCUUAUACUAAGGAAGGACUGCUUUGUAAAAAAAUAUGAUUUCCAAAUUUUUUCCCUGAAGUUGCAAAAUCUAUGUAAUAAUGGUACAUCUCUUUCAAGCUUGUCUUGGUGACCUUUUAGAGAACACAUACAGUACAUGUAAAUAAAUUGAAUUGAAAGCUUUUCCAUUUUUUUGCCGCAUACCUAGGGUGCCAUUACAACAGUACAGAUUUUCAAAGUACAUGUAUUCCAUAUCAGGGGAAAUAAUGUCUUUAAUGGGUUUCUUUGUACAGCUACUGGUCAUGCUUUAGAAUAGAGUAAAAAUGAUUUGUUGACAGAUCUGGUGAGUGACACACAUGAUAGAAAGAUUUAGGGAAAAUGGAAAUAAUGCAGAAACUUGUCAUUCGACAAAAUAGUGCAUAGUCCGUUUGAAGUACUUUUGAAUAGAUCAAAAUUCUUAUGAAUACCUGCUGGUAAAAACAAAAAUGAACCCCUUUGUUUUCACUGCUUUGGUGAUUCAUCCAUGUAGCUUUCAGUUCUGAUCUUGGCAGAUUUAUCUGGGUUGUUUUCUGGACACCCUGUAGGGUGCUUUGGAGUUUAGGAAUUAGUUUCACUGCCAACAAUAGAUAAUCAGGGCUUGUAGUUUGCAAUUACCCUAGAGGAAAGGUUACCAUCCAGCCUACAUGUACAUGAUUGAACUAAUGACUAUUUUGAUUAUGUGGCCUUUACAAUUUGAUGUUUAGGUUGGAAAAGAAGGGGAGAUUUUCUAUAGCCCCUGCCUGUUGCAGUGCUGAGUGAAGCAGCUAGAUGGGGAACUAAUUCUCUAGGGUAAAUUAGGAUAAUUUGUUUACAUGAAUUAGUUUGAUUUGUGCUUGGUUUUUGUACCUUUUCCAUGAUUGAGAAUUUUGAGAUGUUCAAUCACACUUUCAUAGAAUUCAUGUAGGAUCAAGACAACUUUGGCUCAUGUUCAUUGAGCAACAGUGAACAGUUCGUUACUAAAUCUGGUGUAGCAAUGGAUAAAUUCUCCUAAGAUGGACCUUAUUGAUCAACCUUAUCCUAGCCAUGACAUUUGUUAUCCUUGUACAGCUGAUGAUUUGGGCCAUGUCAUUUGGAUGACCCUCCGGGUUGAAGCUUGUUGCUUGAGGACUGAGGCAUUUUUUCCCCACUGAUCAAAGAGGCUAUUGCAUGUAUUUGGUUCGACCUUCCUUGCAGUGAUCAGGAAAGGAUCAUGAUAUGAUUUGUCGUCAACUGCCCCUUACGUCUUUUGCUUGUCGUGUCUGAACUACGAAGUCUCUGUUUCUAAAAUACAUCAAGAAUGCACAAAUUCUCCCCUUCUAUGAAUGGUCCAAUUUCAAGUGUGUGUUGUGAUGAUUGUACUGUUAAUACAUGUAUAUCAGAAUGGGGUAUCAGCAUCCUAUUGGUAUCGAGAGGUGCCAAUUUUCACUAGGGUAUGCGUCAAAAUGACGUUGUUCAGACAAAAUUGACAUCACGCUGUCACAUCAGUGAAUAUCCUAGUGACAGUUGACACCACGUGGCGGCGGUCAUAGUUUAGCUGUUACCCUAUUGUCCCUUCUCUGUUGUUGUUUUGCAUUACUUGUGAAGUACAUUCAUGGAGACUUCUGUUUAAAGACAACUACAUGUACAUGUACAAUACAACAUGUUAAGAAGAUAGCUUGUUACAUGACAAGGGUGAAUUGUGAAUCACUUUUCUUCGCGAAGCUUGUACCAUUUGUAUCAAUCUAUCUGUGUUAAUGUUUAUGCACUAUUGAAGCAAAUAAUUGUUUUCUCUGCUUCUGACGUAUUUGGGUUUUUAACAUCUGAAUUUCUCUGGAGACAUUUGCAGACUGGUUUCCAAUCAUGGUUGGUCUCUCAUUAUGACUGUAUAUAGAUGUACAUGUGUAGAUGUAACACUAAAUUGGUGUAGGACCUAAAGCUCUACUGCCAGUGGUGGGGUUAUACAAGCAAGCCAUUCUGUUGGUUGAAAUUGGCAUAUUUUUGUGCUCUUAACUUCAACCUGGGCACAGUCAUAUUGGCCAAAUAAUGGAUCCACUUUAAAAUCAAUUCAGAGGACAUUUUGCUGAAGUAUAAAUCAGAUGCCAAUUUCAAUGAAUGGGUUAAGCUUGGUGCCUUUUCUAUCCUUUCCUCCCAUUAUGUACAUGGCAUAAACGAAUCAUGUCCAGAGCUUUUCUUGUCAAUAAAAUAUAAAUAUUACAAACAUCUA